AUUUUAGAUGGACCAAUAAAGGAAAAGGCAUGACACUGCAGCACAUCAUGACCAAACCCCGGAGACAAAGUUUACGUGGUGCCAGUUCUGUGUUUUGUACCAACACUUCCUCCACUGUUUCUAUCACAGAAGAGUUUUUCUUAGAUGCUGCAGAAUAUGGCGACAUUCUUCAAGUGCAGCAGUUGCUUGAGGAAGUACCGGAUCUUAACAUCAACUGUGUGAACUACAUCGACCAGAAUGCACUGCAGCUGGCUGUGGCCAACGAGCAUUUGGAGGUGACUGAGCUCCUACUUAAGAAUAGGGAACUUGCUAGAAUAGGAGAUGCUUUGCUGUUAGCCAUCAGUAAAGGUUAUAUCAGCAUAGUGGAGUCCAUAUUGAGCCAUCCUGCCUUUGCAGAUGGCCAGCGGCUGACUAACAGCCUGAGUCAGACAGAGACGCAUGAUGACUUCUUUGCCUGUGAUGAAGAUGGUACACGUUUCUCUCAUGACAUCACUCCAAUUAUUCUUGCUUCCCAGUGCAACCAGUAUGAAAUAGUGCACAUACUCUUAAUAAAGGGGGCCCAUAUAGAACAACCCCAUGACUACUUCUGCCAGUGCAGGUCCUGUAGCGAGCAGCGGGGGCCUGAUUGUUUUAGCCAUUCACAGUCACGCAUCAAUGCAUAUAAAGGAUUGGCCAGUCCAGCUUACCUCUGCCUGUCCAAUGAGGAUCCUGUGAUGGCAGCUCUGGAGCUGAGCAAUGAGCUUGCACUUCUGGCCAACAUCGAAAAGGAGUUUAAGAAUGACUACAAGAAAUUGUCCAUGCAGUGUAAAGACUUUGUAGUGGAACUCCUGGAUUUGUGUCGGAACACAGAAGAGGUGGAAGCUAUCAUUAAGGGUGACACUGAAUUAUUUAGAAAUUCUGAAACCUUCAGCAGACAAAACCUUCUGAGGUUAAAGCUUGCAAUAAAAUAUGAAGUGAAAAAGUUUGUGGCUCAUCCAAACUGCCAGCAACAGCUCCUCUCCAUCUGGUACGAGAACUUGUCUGGGCUACGGCAGCAAACCGCAGCAGUUAAAAUCUUCCUUGUGCUUGGUGUAGCUGCUGGGCUGCCUGUGUUGGCCCUUAUGUAUUGGAUAGCACCGUCAAGUAAGAUGGGGAAACUUAUGCGUGGCCCAUUUCUGAAGUUUGUGGCCCAUGCAGCGUCUUUCAUGCUGUUUCUUUCCCUGUUGGUCCUUAACGCCGCCGACCGGUUCACAGGAACAUCACUGCUGCCCAAUAUGACCAUCCACGAUCAUCCCUCACAGCUGUUCAGAAUGAAGACAACCCCCUUCACCUGCAUGGAGAUUGUCAUCAUAUCCUGGGUCAUAGGGAAAAUCUGCAAGGAAUGCAAAGAUAUUUGGUCACAGGAUUUAUGCGAUUACAUCUCAGAACCCUGGAACCUUCUCGACUUCAGCAUUUUGGCCAUUUUCAUGACCUCUUUCAUUGCCAGAUUAAUGGCUUUCUGGCACACUUAUUCUGCACAGUGUUAUGUUGACAAGCAGCACACUGACCUGUCAAACAUCACGCUGCCUUUCGAGAUACAGUAUUUCCAGUUGGCUCGAAUCGACUGGAUGCCCUCAGACCCGCAGCUUAUUUCGGAGGGCCUUUAUGCCGUGGCAGUUGUGCUGAGUUUCUCUCGGAUUGCGUACAUUCUGCCUGCCAAUGAAAGCUUUGGGCCCCUUCAGAUCUCCCUGGGGAGAACAGUAAAAGAUAUCUUCAAGUUUAUGGUGAUCUUCAUCACAGUUUUUGUGGCUUUCAUGGUGGGGAUGUUCAAUCUGUACUCGUACUACCUUGGAGCCAAACACAACGAUGCCUUCACUACGGUUGAAGAAAGUUUUAAAACAUUAUUUUGGGCUAUCUUUGGCUUGUCAGAGGUGAAAUCUGUGGUCAUUAAUAUUGAUCAUAAAUUCAUUGAGAAUACCGGCUACGUUCUAUAUGGAGUAUACAACAUCAUCAUGGUGAUCGUUUUGCUGAAUAUGCUCAUCGCCAUGUUCAACAGCUCCUUUCAAGAAAUCGAGGGUGAUGCUGAUGUUGAGUGGAAGUUUGCCCGAGCUAAGCUUUGGUUCUCAUACUUUGAGCAAGGUGGCACACUUCCUGUGCCCUUCAACCUCUUACCCAGCCCCAAAUCUGUCUACCCCUUCUUUGUCUGGUUGAAGAAAUUUGCCUGGGAUCGGCCUCAAGGAAAAAGAAAACGGGAAGAAAAUUCAAUUGACGAGGUGGAGGUUGAUAAGUUGAGGCAACAAGAAGAUCUGAAAGCUGAAGGAUCAUCUUGUCCAGCUCAUUACCAAAAGAUAAUGAACCGUCUCAUCAAGAGAUACAUCUUAAAAGCACAGAGAGAUAAUGACCAUCAUGACGUUAAUGAAGGUGAACUGAGCAUGAUCAAACAGGACAUCUCCAUGCUCCGCCGCCAAGUCCUGCAGAGAGGAAACCCUGAUGUGGAGACUCUGUCGGAGCUUGUCAGGAAGCUAGGACAAGUCAGCAGCAGAAAGUGAGAACAGAAAA